AUGGACGUCGUGGUCAACUUGGUGACCGGACCUUUCAAGGAAAUCGUCGAAAAGGGCACUGUCGCGCUAGAUAAUGCGGGCGACAACAAGGAGAUGGUCUCCGAGAGCCAGAAGCUGAUCAAGGGCGCCGAACGCAUCCUCAAAAUCAUCGAGCCGCUUUGCGCUCGGCACUUGGAGGAGCAUGGCGUGAACUUUACCAACGCGCUCAAAGAUGACAGUAGGAGCACCGACGGGCCCAGGCUUCUGGAGCAUUUGACUGACUGUGGGGUAGACGAGAUCGCCGAGUACAGGUCGCAGAUGACUGACAUGCUGUGGGACUUUGACGAAGAAGUCGUCGGGGAGGAAACAUUCGACAAGGAGAAAUACGUUGAACUGCGGGAGCUAUGUAAAAAGGCCGGGCUUGGGACCGGAGAGAUAUUGAAGAGGAUGAAACUUGAGGCAGCACCACAGGAGCUGUCACUCGUCCCGGUCAUUGCGACGUCGCCUCCGGCCGUGACUGUCGCCUUGGACCGGGGCCUGGAAAACGAAAAUCUCUCCGAGAAACAGCUCCAUGGCGAAGGGAAAGCCCUUCAGGCGAGCCCCAUGUUAGAGGAGGAAGUAGCGGAGCCGUCGCCGCCGCCGCCGCCGCCGCCACCGACGAACCCGUGGGAUCUCGGAGCAAGCCUGGCCAUUGAAUCAGGGUUGGAGGUAUCGAUGGACGAGCAUAUCGAGCGCCGGCCGCCCGUCUCUACUAUGAGCUCCCCGGUCUCCGAGCCAGCUAGUCCGGUGGAUAUGAAAAGACUGUCUCACAGUUCCAGUCGGCGGCUGGACAUCCCUGUUGACCGUAUGCUACCCGAAGAAGAGCGCUAUCACCAAAUGAGUCCCCAGGAUAUCUCACGUUCCCCUAUUUCGCCCACGGACAGAAACUCUCUCGUUGUGCGGGGGCAAGCGUCGUCCUCGACCGCCCUUGGCGUGGUGUCCGAAGACCAACCGGUACAGCCUGGAAAUGCGCCGUUGUCACACCGCUACUCUCAAGCAAGCUCAAUCUACUCUCAUCUCUCGAGGCAGCGUUCUCAAGAGUCGCUACAAAGUUCUGUUUUUGACGGCAGGAGGAACGAUGGAUCUAACAGUCCAGCGAUGACGGAGCAUCGUAUCUCCUCGGCUUCUGGUCAUGACGCGCAGCCUGGCCAGAUUUCCCGGGGCCCUAUCGUGCCCCCAAACUUCCCGCCCGGUAUCCAUGACGGCAUCGAAAGGGUGCCGUUGGUUGUGAACGAUGGCGAAGGGCUGAUUCCCGUCGAGUCGGAGUCGUCGGAGAUUAUCAUUCCUCCAUCAAGGGUGUCGAGCAGACCGGCAGAUUGCAGGAUUGGUCUGAGCAGCUCCUUUUACCUGUACAAGGGGUUCUGUGAGGGUGCGAAAGAGGUGGCUCGGGGGAGUCUUGGGAUCAAGAAGAUCACGAAGCCUGGAUUCGCCGGCGGCCACGACAUUGCCAGGUGCACCAGUUGUUCCUACGAGCUCGAUUUCAGACAAGUUGAGCUGGAUGUCAACAAUACAGAAGAAGCAAAUUUCGUCUCACACAAGAUCGCCUUCCGUCCACGCUUCCUCCAAAAGAGCCAUGUCGCCACCAAACGCGGCGACGAGCUUCUCUACGGCUGCGUCUUCUGCGUCCAAGCACAGCGGACUCUCGAAGAGUGCGACGCCACCGUCUUCUUCAGCCAGAGGAAGCUCUUCGACCACUUGGCCCGGCACCCUCGCCCGUUGCCGCAGGUGCCAGGCAUCAUUGCCAUCGAGGAGGCCGAGAUCCCGCCCAGCUUGCGCAACAACUACGACCUGCAUUUCCGGGCACCGCCGCAGGAGAGCCCCCUGGCAGGUAAGCAGACGGAGAUUGCGCAGCGACCCACGGCAACGGCGAAGCAGACGGUGAAGCGCAUGUACGGGAUGCGGCUGCUGUACGACAACACGCCGGCGUUUGAGCUCGCGAACGGGGCGAGGAUCUCGGGGAUCGAGUUCCCGGAGAAAUACAAUGGUGAGUGGGUGAUGGGGUGGCACGAGGGCAAAUUCGGGUCAGCGCCGCUGGACGUGUUGAAGCUGGAGCCGCCGCCCAAGAGCGAGGUCCGAAUGGACACAACGAGCAACAUCUCGGCUGUGGCGAGGUGGAGAUUUGCGCCGCGGCCGAAGGACGGCGGGGAUUGGUUGCGGUUCGACCGGGGAGAGAGGAUCACCAACAUCAGCUGGGCCUGGCAAGACCAUUGGUGCUGGUCCGGCACCAACGCCAAGGGCGUCUGGGGCAUCUUCCCGCAAACGCACGUGGACGGUAACACCAUGCGCGAGACAUCGGAUGGGUCGAGCGUGUCGAGCGGCGAGCGGCGGAGGCGUGCCGAGGGCUUCUUUGGGAGGCUCGCGAGCAACCGCAAGAUGUCGUCACAGAGGACAUCCAGCGUGGCCGAGGUCGUAGUCUCUUCGGGACCACGGCCGUCGGUAUUUUAG